UUUCUGCUGCAUCGUAUUUAAAUAUUAAAUAAUUUUUGAGUUCUUGUAAAAUUGUGGUAGAAAAAACGUACGUUAUUUGGCUGAUGCUUUAAAUUAAGUUUCCUUUAACCGACAUUAUUCGUUGCAUAAUUUAUCCUGGACAUUCAAUGACCUUCAGCAAUACUACACCAUAAGUAACAUUAACAAAGUAACUUUUACUUGUAUUAAUUGAUGUUUUUAUAAUUGCCAAUACAAAGGAGACAAAUAAACAAUGCCUUCAUCACACAAUGUUCAUAUCAUUAAUAAGUAAAAUAAAGCCCUCAAUAACUAAUAUAAACAGACCCCAUGGAUAUAUUUGCAGUUCUUAACUGGCAACAUGAACUGAGACUGAGGUUUAUUUACAUCUGGAAACAUUUGUUUCAGUAUGUUAACAACAUUUAUUUGAUAUGUUGUAAUUUAAUUUUUGCUAAUUAAGCUGGACUUGUUUUUUUUUCAUAGAUUGAAUACAUAUUAGUGAAAUGCACCUGCAUUUAACACAUGUCAAUAUGGAAAGUAAUACAGAAAGUAAUAACUAACUAAUAUGGAAAGUAAUUUGAGUUAUGGGAAUCAUAAUGUAAAAUUCACAGUAUUUUGAUCAAAAUGCGUGUGAUUUCUGUAUCUCAAUAUUUAUAGAUGCAGAAAAUGCCUGGAAUGCUAACGUCCCAUAAAAUGAUUGCCGUGCAAUUCUGGUCGAGCACUUAAAACAGAGCUGAUCUAUGGCUAGUAAUUCUCUGCAGAACCAAAGGCACCUUCUUUUUGUGAACAGUUCAUAUACAGCACAAUCCUGCAUGCAGUUGCCUUUUGAUGUUAGGGUGGAAAUGAACAGAAUGCAAUAAAAAAAAAUCAAUCCAAUGUUUUGCAAAAAGAAAUGUAGUUAACCCAUAUAGUUAACCACAGUAUAAGUUAGCCAAUAAGGCAGAUGCUGGCUAAAGGGGAAAAAACUUCCAUGAUCAUCUAGCUACACAAUGGAGAACAAAAGAGCACUAUAGCAUUGUGAUAUUUUACAAAGUAAAUAUAAAGUUAUAUUUAUUAUUACUUUACCGUUAAGUUCAGACCUGCAUUGGGGUUUCCGAAAUAUAGGAAGAGUUAGCCUUAGCUAUGCCAACCACUGGGUUUAGAUAUGACAGCAGUUAAAAAUGUUGACAAGCUUUUUGUAGCAUGAUUGCGAUCACAUCAUCUAUCAAUCUAUCUAUCUGUCUAUCUAUCUGCCUAUCUAAGUCUUUUUAUUUGCCUGGCUUUUUGAUCAGGUGUAAUAUUUCAUUCAUUCUCUAAGUGACGCUGUUGGUUAGGUUGUGCGGAUCCUAAACGCCAUAUUUAGAUCCUCCGCUGUGUUCUGACUGCAUCCAGACGGUGCUUUUCUUCAGUUGGGACUGUUUCUCUACUCAUCAAGCAGCUACGGGCACAUUUUAACACUUCUCGAAAAUAGUAUCUAUUUUUAUUGAAAUAAUACAUUAAUGGUUUGUUUGUAAAAUGGGAGUCCUUUGUUGCCUCGAUGCCCGGAUAAGUGGUUCUGUCUUCCGCUUUUCGACAUGGACGACAAUGCAUCUGGUUGGAUUUGCUUUUGUCAUGGCCGUUGCGCACGGGCAGGUCCGUUAUUCUAUUCCCGAGGAGAUGAACAAGGGAUCAGUGGUGGGAAAUAUCGUUCAGGAUCUCGGUUUGGAUGUAAAGAGACUGAAAUCUGGCCGAGCGCGGAUAUUUACGGAGGACAGUCGUGAGUACAUCGGUCUGAAUGUGGAUAAAGGCACUCUGAUAGUGAGAGAGAGGAUAGAUAGAGAGGAGCUGUGCGCUCAAGUGUCUCCAUGCUCUUUACAUUUUCAGAUUAUUCUAGAUAAUCCAAUGGCGUUACAUGCACUCGAUGUUGAAAUAUUGGAUAUUAAUGAUCAUGCCCCUGCUUUUGACAGAAAAGACAUUAGUAUUGAAAUACUGGAAUCUGCAGCCCCUGGUUCGCUGUUUUAUUUAGACAGUGCGCAUGAUCCCGAUGUUGGGUUGAAUGCACUGCAAAGAUACACCCUUAAUCCCACGGAACAUUUUACUUUGAAAGAAUUAUCUUGGAGUGAUGGUGUAAAAUAUGUUGAGAUGGUGUUAAAAACACCGUUAGACAGAGAGCAACAAGAGGAGCAUAAAUUAAUUUUGACAGCAUAUGAUGGAGGAUCUCCUCAGAAAUCUGGAACAGUUAAGAUAACUGUCACUGUUCUUGAUACAAACGAUAAUUCUCCUGUGUUCAGUCAGCCAAUAUACCGAGUGUCUUUGUCAGAAAACAUUCCGAAAGAUAGUUUAGUAGUUACGGUAGGUGCUACUGACAAUGACAAAGGAUCUAAUGGUGAGAUUACCUAUUCCCUUUCACAAAGCACCGGAAAAGAGGCCAUGGGUCUAUUUAUUAUUAAUUCCUACACUGGAGAAAUAAAAGUAAACAGUUCCUUAGAUUUUGAAAAAUCCAAGCAGUAUGAACUGAAUGUCAAGGCGAUGGAUAACGGCGGACAAACUGAUACCAGUAAAGUGCUCAUUGAUAUUAUUGAUGUUAAUGACAAUUCCCCUGUUAUCAGUGUCAUUUCAUUUUCUAACUCGAUUCCUGAAGAUUCUGCCCCGGAGACUGUUGUAGCGAUGUUGAAUAUUAAAGACAUUGACUCCGGGAAAAAUGGACGAAUUAAGUGCACAGUGAACUCAGAUCUGCCAUUUCGCAUCAAAGCGACAUCCUCUAAUUUCUAUAGUUUAGUUACUGACCGUAUUUUAGAUCGUGAGAUGUUUUCUGAAUACAAUAUAACGAUCACAGCUGCAGAUGAAGGAUCUCCAUCUUUAUCUACAAACAAAACACUGAGGCUUAAAAUAUCUGAUGUGAACGACAACGCCCCUGUUUUCCAGCGUCGCUCAUACACCGCUUAUGUGAUGGAAAAUAAUUCACCUGGAGUGUCUAUAUUUGCGGUGACAGCAACUGACAGAGACUCUGGUAAUAAUGCGCGCAUUUCUUAUUUUUUAGAAGAUCUUUCUGUGAACGGAGUUUCUGCUUCGUCUUAUAUUUCAGUUAACGCAGACAGCGGAGAGAUUCUUGCUAUUCGAUCUUUUGAUUUCGAGCAAACAAAAGAGUUCAAUAUUCGCGUAAAAGCGCAGGAUGGAGGCAACCCGCCUCUCAGUAGCAACGUGAGUGUGAAAAUUAUUAUUCAGGACCAGAAUGACAACGCGCCUCAGAUUCUGUAUCCAGUACAAACUGGUGGCUCUGUGGUGGCUGAAAUGGUGCCUCGUUCAGCAGAUGUGGGCUAUCUUGUCACUAAAGUGGUGGCUGUGGAUGUGGACUCUGGACAGAAUGCCUGGCUCUCAUAUAAACUGCAGAAAGCGACAGACAGGGCGCUGUUUGAAGUGGGCUUACAGAAUGGAGAAAUAAGAACUGUGCGUCAAGUCACUGAUAAAGAUGCUGUGAAACAGAAGCUCACUGUUGUAGUGGAGGACAACGGACAGCCCUCUCGUUCAGCUACAGUCAAUGUUAACGUGGCGGUGGCGGACACUUUCCCUGAAGUGCUCUCCGAGUUCACGGACUUUACACACGACAAGGAAUACAACGACAACCUGACAUUUUAUCUAGUCCUGGCCUUGGCUGUAGUUUCUUUUCUCUUCAUCGUGUCCAUCAUAGCUAUACUGUCAGUGAAAUGCUACAGAUGGAGACGUGAGCGAAUGUUUUAUAAGUCCGGUGCCAAUCUGCCAGUUAUUCCAUAUUAUCCACCCCUUUACGCAGACGUCGGGGGAACAGGAACUUUACAGCAUAUGUACAAUUAUGAAGCUUACAGAACCACUGACUCUAGAAAGAGUGAUCUGAAAUACGCCAGACCUCCUACUGAGAGCAUCAUUAGUCUGGACAGCAGUGGAACACAGACACUUACGCAUGCUCAGAGGGAGAAAACCUGUGCCGAAUAUGAUGAGCAGCAAAAACCCCCCAACGCUGACUGGCGUUUCAACCCGAACCAGAGACCUGGACCCAGUGGAGCCACUGCCACUCCAGAGGUCGCCAUGGGAACCGGACCCUGGCCAAACCCCCCAACUGAGGCUGAGCAGCUCCAGGCACUAAUGGCUGCCGCAAAUGAAGUGAGUGAGGCGACUAACACAUUGGGUCCUGGCACCAUGGGCCUGAGCACACGCUACAGCCCUCAGUUCACACUGCAGCAUGUUCCUGAUUACCGACAGAACGUCUACAUCCCAGGCAGCACUGCUACACUCAGUGCCAACCCCCAGCAGCCCCAGCAGCCUCCUCAGGCACUGCCUGCUCCACAGGUCACCAGCGCCCAGGUCGAGCUGCCCAAAGCCCAGACGCCUGCUAGCAAGAAGAAGAUUACCAAGAAGGAGAAGAAAUAAAGAGAGAAAGGGUGUGCUGGGUAGGAUGAAGUUUUGCUUUGGGCGUCAGUUUAGAUAAAGUAGAGCGAGAGAGGUGUGAGGGUCAGGGGUUAGAAAUGGAUAUCGACUCUUGUUCCUUCACACAUGCAUGAGCUUUUGUGCACUUGUUGUUUCAGAAGUAUGAAAUGAGAAUGAAUGAGAAAUCAGUGUGCAGCUCCAGGUUUUGUUCCAUGUUAUUGUCUCGGUUUUUCAUCCAUUUUAAUCCACUGACUCCUAUGUAAUAUAAGCACCUGUGGCUGGAUUAGUGUGUUAUGUACAAUAGUUUCACUUCGGGAUUAAGUUUUCUUUUGAAUUCUCAUCGAUCUGAAUGUUCCUGAGAUUGGGAGACUGAACUCAGAUGCUGGGUGAUAUUUUUUUAAAAGCUUUUAAAGGACAACUUUUUAAAUAUAUCUAGUCAGUACAGUAUGUAACAGUAGAGGGAGAAGGGUAACCUGUGGCAGUUAUCAUAAUGACAAUAAUGUGCUUGGAUUUGUAUCAGAGACAUUUCAUUUCGAGCUGCAUUUGCUGGCCUUAUUGAGAAAGGUGUUACAGGUCUUGUAAAAUAGCUCUUUUUUAUUUUAUUUUGUUGCUGUGCUUGUGAUACCACUAUGAAGAUAUAACACACAGUAUAAAGCGUUGGAUUUGGGGAGUCUUUGCUGGAAUAACAAAGGUAAUCAUUUCUGCAUGACGCUGAACAUCAUAGAAAACGUUAAGUUUAACUAUGCAUUGCAUAUGCCUGAUUAAAAACAAAUCCCUACAAGUGAGCGAUUUAAUUGUAUGGCUUCUUCAGAUUUUGACUUCUAUCAUGGAAUUUAUGCGUGCAAUGUGCUUUUCAGUGCAUUCCUUUCACCUUCAGAUAAACUUCCAGAGAAAAUAUGACUCAAAUGAGAGAAACUGCUGCCCCAUAAACUUCCAUUACGUGUUAUGCAGAUUUCUUAGCUUGAAUUUGGAGGUAUUUUGUUUCUGGCAGAGUAAUGCAUGAAAAAGAUUCUUAUAGUGAAGAAAUCAGGAAACAUAAUAAUGACGUUGUUCCAAAUAAGUAAUCGGCAUUGACCAGUCACAGAUCUAUCACUUGAGAAUGGGAAUAAUAUAUCUAUAAAUAGCUCUAAUCACCGAAAUUUCAUUAUAGUCUGUCUUUUUUCAUUUUUUCCCCCCAGUUUUUUUUUUCUCCACUCAGUCUUCAUUUUGUGAUUAUUAACUUCACCUGUUGUAAAUAGAUAACAGUCAAUACAUAAAAAGUCAAUAAAACACAAUCGACAAUAAUUUUUUUUUUUUUUUUUUUUUUUUUUUUUAAAUCCGAGCCUGAACCACAGGCUUACUACUGGAAUGUGUUACAUAGUGUUGUUUUUUUUUUAGUAAAAAUGAAAAAAUAAAUAAAUAAAAGAAACAAACAAAUAUAUAAAUAAAGAAAAUGAUCACGCAAAUUAUUGCUGUUGCAUAAGUAGUUAUUUAGCACAAGAAAGCCGACUAACUCAACUGUAAAUAAAGAGAUUAACUUUUAAAAAGGAAAAACACAUGUAGUCUAGAAACCUGUGAUGUUUGUGCAUAUAUUUUUGUGUUUUCCUCUAUUUUUCUUCCUCUCUGAUCACCCGUAAAUGAAUAGGCACACAGUAAAUAAUAAAUCCCUUCCUUAUCCUCGGUCAAUUCACUCUUCUUUUGGGAUUUCUAUUGUGCAUAUGUACAAGAUUGCUUCUUAAUGUCUAUAUGAAGAAACAAAUAUAAAUAUUAUCUAUGUGUGUGUGUCUGCCGAUGACGUAAUGCUCUGUACCCACUUUAACAUCAUCCUUAUAAAACGCUAAUACUCCCACCUGCUCCUCAGUGUUACACUUAUUUUAUAUGCUAAUAUUUAUAUUGCUGUUUUAUUUCUUGAACACUGACAUUUCAAAUAAAAGGUUCUGAAAAUA